AUGCAGUUCAAGGCCCUUCUCAUCAACUUUGCCGUCGCCGUCGCGGCACAGGACCUGUCUGGCCUCCCUGCCUGCUCGGCGGCCUGCUUCCAGAGAAACUUUGGCAACUCAGGCUGUGCGGACAGGAACGACUUUGCCUGCCUGUGCCAGUACGGGGCCAAGACCUCCUUCACUCGAUCCAUCAUGGCCUGUGUCCUCCGAGCAUGCGAGGGCGAUGACAUGUACGUUACCUGCUGCCGCGUUCCCGUUGACCUCCUCAUCCACCGUAUUCGAGGAGGAAUCAGACGAACGCGGCCGAGGCCCUCCCUGAAGUCCACAGUCACUGAUCAGACGGGAAACAGCACCAAAUCCCAACAGUGGGCGAUUGGGAAGUGCAGCGCCGCCGGCUAUCCCCUCUAG